GUGUGCUGAUGUGAUGGGAAGACUAACUGAGACCCAUAAAAAGAUCCUACACCUCGAAGGUCGCUUGUCUGCUUCUUUCUCUUUUCCCUCCUUCCCACAUUCAUCCCCUCACCCCUCGACACUCGCUCACCCUCUUCACUUUCCACCUCGCUUGUCCCUCUCUUUGAUAUGUCAGACAGUCACCACCACGAGUCAGAUCCUCUGCUGGAGCGUGCCGAGCGCGGUGGUAGCGGUGUAGUUCGCGUCCGUUACGAGCCUCGUAGCAAGUGGGCCGGUGUCCGUCACAAGUUCAAAAAGGCCUUUGCCGAGUUCUUGGGAACAGCCAUCCUGGUUGCCUUUGGUUCCGGUGCGAUCGCGCAGCUCGUCUUCUCGCCCAACAACUCAUGGUUCACCAUGAGUCUCGGAUGGGGUCUCGGCCUAACAUUCGGUAUCUAUGUCUCUGGUGGAAUCUCCGGAGGCCAUCUCAACCCUGCGGUUACGCUCGCUCAAGCCAUCUUCCGUGGACUCCCCUGGGCUGAGGUUCCUAUCUACUGGAUUUCGCAGUUUGCUGGCGCCUUUGCAGGAGCCGUCGUCGUCUAUGCCACGAACUACCAUGCCAUCCGUGCCGCGGAUCCCAAGACCACGAUCGGCAUCUUUGUCACUGGCCGUCAGACCGGUGAUGUCUCGACCAUUGCCGCCUUUAUUGCCGAGUUUCUGGGCACGGCUCUCCUUGUCCUUGUGAUCCUCGCUACAUCCGACAGGGGAAACACUCCCGCGGGUAAUGUGCAGCCUCUCAUCAUUGGUCUCUCCCUUGCAGCCAUUGGUAACUCAUUUGGUUGGGAGACUGGCUUUGCCCUGAACCCUGCCCGCGACUUGUCCCCUCGUAUUUUCACUGCUAUUGCUGGAUGGGGACUUGGCGCCUUCACUCGUCAGGACUGGUACUUCUGGGUGCCAAUCGUCGCUCCUUUCCUUGGUGCCAUUGGUGGAGCCUUGACCUAUGAUGUCUUCGUCUACGGUGGACCUAGCCCUCUAAACAGCUAGGCGCAGUACGGUGCAUUGAGGGACAUUUUUUGACAGCAACAUGGCAAUGGUCUAUCCGAGAUGUGUAUAUAUAGUUUCGUGUCGU